AAAAAAUGACACCACACUUUUGAGCGUCUGUUUGUUUGUAAACUUUAACCGGAAUUUGCUGCGUAGCAGAAAGGGAUAAUUUUGUUUUGUCGCGGAAUUUUACUCGAAAAUUAGGAUCGAAUAACAGCGCGUUAAUUCUGAUAGUUAUCUGGAAACGUACAGCUUGAGCAAAAUGUCAGAAUCGGACUAUUUCGGGUUUGAACUGGUGUUCAAAUCUGUGCAGCCAUCGAUCCAGACAAAAUCCGACGUUUUGAUCGCUGUGGUCCAUUGGUAUCUGAUCAAGAACUCGUUCCGCAACGUUGGCCUGGGGGAUGAUAAAACGCUAUCGGAGUCUGAUGAGAAGAGCGAACUUCUGCCGGAAGGCUGGAACAGUAAUCCGCACUCGUAUGCCCUGCGGUAUGUGAAUAAUGGUCAGCUCUACAUUUUGCACGGAAUCGACAGUGAGGGAACAAUGAUCGUCAACCUGCUGCAAGUCAAGACACUGAACGUUUCGAACACGACGUUCCAGAUCGAAGACACGGUCAAGGCAUUGAAGGGUUCCAUCACGACACUGAUUCCGGAAGCUGCCACCGUUUUGGAUCGAAUUCGCCGGGAGUUACUGGUGCCGGUGUUCGAGAGCAACAAGAAGGACGGCGAAACUCAGACCAAGAAGGAGUCGGAAAAGAUCGAACGAGUUGAUCCGGUUCGACCGGUGAAUCCGCUGCUGGUGGGACCUCGUUUCGGACCGGGAUCCGUUGGAUCUGAUCCGCUGGGGGUCGGUAAUGUUGGCCGAGGAGAUCUGGACCCUUUUGGCCGUGGUGGGGGUAUGAUCUUCGAGCCACCUGGUGGCUUCAAUCCGCUGGCCAAUCUCAGACGUCCCGGACCCAGUGGAAUCGUACCCGGAGCACGGUUCGACCCAUUUGGUCCCACGGUCGGCACCAACCCAAGGGCAUUCCGCAAUCCGGAUCCCGAUCCAGACCACUUGCCGCCUCCAGGAUACGAUGAUAUGUUCAUGUGAAGCAAAGGACUCGAUUUGAACUAACAAUGAAGCUUUUUUUGUAUUUGAUCGGAAUGAAUAAAACGAAUUUGACGCAUUCUAAUAGAGAA